AUGUGCAGAAAGCCAGAAGAUAUCCAACACUUGCUGUUGGAGUGUGAGAGAAACAGACGGGAGCACGAGCAACUCUUCCGGGAACUAAAGCUCAACCCGUCCGAUGUAGGCAUAAUUAUAAUAAUGUUCAAAUUCGAGCACGGAGAUAAAACAAGUCUUGACGAAAGUAAUGAUGUAAAGGAGAGAGCUACUCUUGUCCCUGGAGUGUAUCGGCCAAUAAGCAGGUCACUCAGUUAUAAUCAGAAAAAUCUACGACAUGAAAGAGCUGUUCUCAAAACUGGAGAGAUCAACGUAUAUCGCAAGCAAGAUUCAAACUUUUUCUCAAACUGCUUCCUUAUUCUUGUCGAAGCAAGAUGGAGAUGGACUCUACUGUCAUUCUUCUUAGCUUUCACCACAAAUUGGCUACUAUUUGGUGGAAUAUACUGGUGCAUUUCUUACUCGCAUGGAGAUUUUCUCGAAGCGAAUUUACCACAGAACGUAAACAGUACAGAAUUUACACCGUGCAUUGAAAACAUUUAUGGUUUCACAUCGACAUUUUUGUUCAGUGUUGAAAUUCACACAACUGUUGCGUACGGCCGGAGAGCCAUCACAUUAGAGUGUCCGCAGACAAUCACCGCAAUGUGCUUACAAUGCAUCGUUAGCAACGCAUUCCAGUCCGUUAUGAUCGGUAUACUGUUUGCUAAAUUGACGAGACCACGAGCUAGGACACGGACAAUCCUAUUCAGCAAAUACUCAGCGAUAACAUUACGGGAUGGACAACUUUGUCUUAUAUUUAGAGUUGGUGAUAUUAGGAAAUCUAGAAUACUUAAUAUUAAGCCAACUGCAUAUCUUUUAAAAUGGGAUACGGAUAGUGAUAACCUAUUAAACGCGGAGCAGAUAGAACUGAAAGUUGAGACAGUGGAGUGUGAACCUGUGUUCUUCUUGUGGCCGGUGCAUGUCGUUCAUGUAAUAGAUGAACAUAGCCCAUUCUACAAUAUGUCAGCUGCAGACUUACUUUGUUGUAAAGUGGAAAUAUUAGCCGUGUUUGAAGGUAUUAUAGAAUCAACAGGACAACCGAUACAAGCAAGAGCAAGUUUUACGGAAAGUGAUAUUUUCUGGGGACAUAAUUUCGUACCUAUGGUAUUUUUCAAUGACGAUAAAUGUAAAUAUAAUGUUGAUUUUUCUAAGUUAUCUGUUCUGGAGCAAGUUGAAACCCCGCUGUGUUCAGCCAAUGAAUAUAACUCUAUAGUGACCGCCCUCUCGUCAACGUUGAGUAUCGCUUCCAAGAACAGUUGAGCAAGCUAUUUAAGAGUAGUUAAUAAAGUGAGCGCGUUGUAUUUGAUUACU